AAUGACAACUAGUGUCAUUGGCAGAUGGCAGACAGGGGUAGGGGGACGGACCGGCUGAUAGAUUGCUCGCUGUAUUUCGCCCGGAAGAAAACUUUGCCACAUAAUCAUCAGUGAUUUCUUGUAUUCUUAUCAAACUUUCGUAUUUAUAGAGAUGAGCGUGGAUAAAAGUGUUAUAUUAGUGACUGGUGGGUCUGGACUGGUCGGGCAAGCUAUCAAAACACUCGUAGAGAAAGAGCUGCAGGAAGGAACAAAGUUCUCUAGGAAUGAAACAUGGGUGUUUUGUGGGUCUAAAGAUGGCGACCUUAGGGAGAAGGCUCAAACAGAAGCCCUGUUUGAGAAAUACCAGCCCACAUAUGUUAUACAUUUAGCUGCAAUGGUUGGUGGCCUGUUCCAUAAUAUGGCUAACAACUUGUCUUUCUUCAGGGAAAACAUGGCAAUAAAUGAAAAUGUACUUUAUGCGAGUCACAAACAUGGGGUCAAGAAGGUUGUGUCCUGCCUUUCUACUUGUAUCUUCCCUGACAAGACUACUUAUCCUAUCAACGAAACUAUGGUGCACAAUGGACCACCUCAUCCGUCAAAUUAUGGAUAUAGCUACGCCAAAAGAAUGAUUGAUAUUCUCAACAGAGGUUACCAUGAACAGCACGGAUGUAGAUGGACGUCGGUGAUCCCGUGCAACGUGUUCGGUCCGCACGACAACUUCCGGCCGCAGGCCAGCCAUGUGGUGCCCGCGCUCGUGCGCCGCAUGGCGGACGCCAUCGACAAUGGGGACGCCACAUUCACAGUGUUCGGCAGCGGGAAGCCUCUGAGACAGUUUAUCUACUCGCUCGACCUCGCCAAACUGAUUGUAUGGGUCUUGAGGAGUUACGACAGCGUGGAGCCUAUUAUUCUAUCAACGGAUGAAGAAGACGAAGUGACAAUAAGCGCAGUGGCAGAGACAAUAAAGAAGGCGUACGGCUACACUGGUGAGAUUGUCUAUGACACGAGCAAAGCUGACGGCCAGUAUAAGAAAACUGCUUCGAACAAAAAACUUAGAUCGUUAUACAAAGACUUCCAAUUCACGCCGUUCGAGACCGCGAUACAAGAAUCAGUGGAUUGGUUCAAAAAGAACAGAGAACAGGCGAGAAUAUAGUCUGAUCGGAGUAUCGAAAAUGAACUUUAAACCACAGGAAUAAGUCACUUUUUACCGUCGCCGUAAUUUUUUAGUCUAGGUAUUUAUUUGUUCCACCAACAACCGAACAUCAUGGACGUAUUUAUUUAUUGAUUUAUAUUUUUCCGAAAUAAAAACUGUGUUCAAAACACUCAAUUGAAUAUCACUAAAGUCCAUGCUUUAUUUCCAUAUUUUUAUUCGUCUUUUGUUUUGUUCUUCCAAUUUUUAAUAUUUUUUAUGAAAAAGAUUUUUUAUUUUUAUUUAUCCCACUAAUAUUAUAAAGGCGAAAGUUUGUAUGUUUUUUGUAACUACACGCACAAACGGCUGGGCCAAUUUUUAUGAGAUUUGGUAUAGGCGUAGUUUAUACCUUGGAUUAACCAUAAGAGUUACUAUUAUACCAAAAGUACGCGAUACUCGUAGCAUUUGUUGAAGUCGGAAAGUCAAUGGCGCUUUGUAAAGUGGAUGGAGCUACUGUGCACAAAAACGAUUUUUUUUUAAAUAAUUACGCUGGCAACCCUUCCGUUUGCAGCAAUUGUAUUAUAAAAACUAUACACAGCCCAAUAAAUACUAGACAAGGACUACUAUAAUAAUUUAACGAUUUUUGAGACUUCUAUGGUCGUAUUUGUCUUUUAAUUUUGUUUCUACAGGGUUACUGGUAUCAAACGCAAAACCACCUAAAGACUACUUGGGUACAUCAAAACAAGCAACUUUUAUUUUACGACUUUUUGUGAUUCGUAGUUUUUUUUUUCAUAUAAAAAAAAUACAAUCUACUUUGCGAUUCUACACAUCUUAACUCUAUGUAAUAGCCGAGCAACACGAGACAGUACAGUAGCAUUAUAUAGCGGAAUCGAAUAAACGUUUUAUAGAAAUGACAUUAAAACUAAAAAAUGUUUUUUUUUCUAUUUAAGUAUUAAGUUUAGACUGAAGUCGUAGGACAAAAGAUGUUAGUCUCUAUGUACCUUAUGCGUCUUUGGAAGGUUAUGCGUAGAGUACAAGCUUCCUAUUAUUUCAUACAUAUCCAUUUGAUGUAAAUAUUUGUGAUACGUAAUAUAUUGUUAAAACCAUAA